GAAUGGGGUUGGACUGGAUGACCCUUGGGGUCUCCCCCAACGCUACGGUUCUGGGCUUCUUCAAGAGCCCUGCUCAGCUCUUGCGGACUCAGGGCUUCCUUGACUGAGUCCCUCCAUGUGGAACGUGAUCUUCGUCUUCUCCGACUGCCUUCCGCCUCACCAAGCCUUAUUGUCUCUUCGAGGGAGCCACGGUUUCUCAGGAUGCGGCCAGAGUGCGACCGCCUCCAUUUCAGGGCAAACCCACUGCAGAAAUAAUCCAGUUCGAGGCCGCUUUAACUGCCCUGGCUCAGUGCUAGGGGAUUAUGGGAACUGUAGUUUUGUGGGACAUUAAGCUUUCUCUGUCAGAGAGAGCUCUGGGGCCACAAAAAAAAACUUCUGCCAGUUCUUGCUCUAUGUUCUCUCUGACGCCGGCGGCCCAACAAGUCACGAGAGCGCAUGCGCGAGGGAGCGUGAUGACGUCAAGAGGAAACCUGAAGUCUGUUAUUGCCGCCAGUGGCAUGUCAAUGAGGGACGGGGGAGGCGUGACUGGCAAAGUCGGCCCUUCUAUUGGGUGGGCUUUCUCACGUUCCUCGGUGACGUCAAAAGGGGGCGUAUCGAAGAGGGGGAAGAGAGGCUUGAGAUUGGCGGCUCUUUCAAGCUCCUCCCCUUUUCACAGCAGGCAGGGCCACGCCUCCUACCCUACAUUGCCUAGCGUUGCCAAGCAACCCUUUCGAAAGCGGCAAGCGGUGCCGGCCGCCUUCCCUUUGGAGAGCGGAGCUGGUCGGGUCGGUAAACUGAGGAACUGAAAAAGGAAAAUGGAGAAGGGGAAAAAAACGGUGGUAACGUGUGGCUGUGAUGUAGUCCCACCUGGGUCUGAGACAAAGGAGACAAAGAAGACUCAUGGCCCCGAAGAGAGAUAUCGGCCCAAAACGUCUAUCUGCAAACCUGAAGACUCACAGUUGGUGAAAACUGUGACCCCAGAACCAGUACUCCGGUUGUCCUAUGAUCCUGUUGAUGUGGUCCGGUCCAGAAGGCAGAAUAUCCGGUUACCCUUGAAAUGCUUGGAUCCUGGUCGAACACAACUGAGCACCGUUGAGGCAAAGAAGAUCAUCUCCAUCUUGGAUGAGACCCUCUUGAGGGUGGAGCUGAUCAGUACCUUCUCUUAUGUUAUUCAGAAUCUGGAGGAAUUUUGCAUUAUUUUCGGACCAGAACUUACAGGGGCUCUUAAGGAACAUCUGAGGCUUUGUAUUUUUCUGGAAGCUGUGGUCUCCCGCCUUGAAAAAAGUGGCCUUCUGCAAAAGGGCAUGGCCAGAGGAGGCAUCUUUGGCACUGAGGAUCCAGCAGGCCAUCUCCCCUUGCUUGUCCACGGCUUAAGGGGCUCGGUCCGGAAUAUUUUGCGCCUCUUUGAUGCCAAUCCCAGGGCUUGUCAGGUCGUAAGAGAGAUUGCCCAUGGGAAGCACGCAUCCGCUCCUUAUUUCAUGAAAACACUUUUGCAGUUCAGGGCAUUCUUGUUUGAGAAACUUCUGACCACUCCGUUAGAAGAGAAUGAGAAGAGUCAGUUUUUGCAUGAAAUGGACGAGCAAGACAAGCACAACCGAGAGCUGAUCGUCAUUUUGGAGGAAGAAGUGUCUGCAGCGAUCCAGAAUCGAGAUGAAGAGCUGUCCAAGAAGGAUGUUAUCGUCAAGGAACUCAAAACCCAGUUGCACAAUCUGGCCAAGUGCUCCGAGAGCCAAAUCCAACGGACGCGGACGGAAGCGGACGAGCAGCAGAAGGAGGCGCUGCACAGUUCUCAAGCAAAAUGUAGCAAGUUUCAACAGGAGCUAAACCAGCUGAGGGCCCAGCUCAGUGCUGUCAUCGCUGAGGAUCAAGAAGUGGAGCGCACACUCCGAAAGAAAAAAUUCAAAGUGGAGAUGGAAAUCGAAAACUGGGUCCAGAAGUAUGACGUCGACAUGCUGGAAAGACAGAAGGAGAUUGAUGACAUCGAGGUAUACUACUCGGUGGAGAAGGAACACCUGGCUGAGCUGCGGGAGAAAUACAACCUGCUGAAUCAAGAGUACAGUCAGAUCAGAGAAGAGAGGAGGGUGAAGCAGGAGGAGAAGGAGAAAGCCGAGAAGGAGAUGGCCAUCCUGGUCCGAGCUGCCACUCUUAUCCAGGCCUUGUGGAAGGGCUACCGGGUGAGAUCACUGAUGCGAGUCAAACGGAAGAAGAAGAAGGGCAAAGGGAAGAAGGGCCCCAAGAAGUGAGCCUCACUCCCUUCCCACCUUUUCUACACCAGUUGCUGAGUUGGCCCUGGAUAGCUUAGACAAAAUACUGAACUGCUCCCAAGUGGCAUUUGUUUCUUAAUAAAGGCAGAGCUGUU